AUGUCAGGUGAAAAUGAAUGGAAUGAGGACUUAUUCGGUUGUUGCAAUGAUUGCAAUACAUGCUGUUAUGGUUAUUGGUGUACACCAUGUUUAUUUGGUUCAAAUGCAAAAAAGAUCGAUGAUAAAAAUUGUUUUUUAAUGUGUUGUCUUUAUGGACUUCUGACUAGUGUUUAUUUAUGUUGGGUGCCACAUUAUUUUGAACGACAAAAAUUACGUGAAAAAUAUAAUUUAAAACCUAAUCCAUCAUGCGGUGAUUGUCCAACAACAUUAUGUUGUAGCCCAUGUGCAUUAUGUCAAGAAGCUCGCGAAAUGAAAUCGAUGGAAAAGGAAAGAAGUAUGGUUUACAAACCUAAUGCUACUCCACCGAUUAUUUCUCAACCAGUACCAGAUUCGAAAGAUGUGCAUCCUACUGAUAUACGACUUUGA